CCUUCAAGUGCCAACAGCAAUCCCGUUUGCUGGUAAACUUUGAACCAGGCCCAAAAAAUUAAAAAGCCACUCUUAAACCAACAUUUUUAGUGUUAAAAUACCCCGAAUUAAACAAAAAUGUUCAUUUGGGAAUGGUUUACGGGAGUCUUGGGCUAUUUAGGCUUGUGGAAGAAGUCGGGCAAGCUGCUCUUCCUAGGGCUCGACAAUGCGGGAAAAACGACUUUGUUGCACAUGCUCAAGGAUGACAGGCUAGCACAGCAUCUUCCAACACUACAUCCUACGUCAGAGGAAUUAUCAAUUGGAAACAUGCGAUUCACGACGUUCGAUUUAGGUGGUCACACUCAGGCGCGGCGCGUUUGGAAAGAUUAUUUUCCCGCAGUCGACGCGAUUGUUUUUCUGAUAGACGCCAACGACCACGACAGACUAGAAGAAAGUAGAACGGAGUUGGUGUCACUUCUGACAGACGAGACGCUAUCAACCUGUCCUGUACUUAUACUUGGCAAUAAAAUCGAUCUACCUGAGGCGGCUUCCGAGGACCAGCUGAGAAUGUUCUACGAUUUGUAUGGAAAGACUACCGGAAAGGGAAAAGUGCCACGGUCUGAAUUACCAGCGCGCCCUCUGGAGUUGUUCAUGUGUUCUAUUCUGAAAAGACAAGGGUACGGCGAAGGAUUCCGUUGGCUUGCACAGUACAUCGACUGAACGACUCAGUAACGUCAACUUGGUGUGAACGGACUGUUUAUAUACUUGUGAAUUUGUAUAACGUUAAGAUUUAUCAAAAACCUUGCGAAUAGUCACGGGUAUUUUGUUGUCUAUUUAUUAUAUUUUUUUUUAUUGUAUUGUCCAUCACAUCUACAAUUAUCACGUGUAGUUUUGUAUGUCCAAAACAAGAUUAACGUCCUAAGUGUCAUUGCAGUUGUCUACCCGUGACUCAUUCGGUACCGUUUUUUAAAUUGAAACCCAUUUUUCAAUACAAUUCGUGUCCACUCUGACAUUUUUUUUUAAGAAUUGGUUUAUGAGCGUUGACUUUAGGCAAUUUAGUUGAAUGAUUUCAGUCACCGCAAGUUAGGAAAAUUGACAGCACUGGUUGCUAGUUACCUUAUUACAGUGAUGGUUUGGUGUAAAUUAUUUAAAUCAAUUCAAAAAUUCAAUAUUUUUUGUUGAAUAAAACUGCUUUGUAUAAA